AUGACCGAAUCAAUACGCCUCUACACUGCCCAAACAUACCUCUCCUCUUUCUCAAAACUCUCCGUCCCUUCCUUCUCCUCAGUUCUCAGCGACACAUAUACACACACAUACGCACCUUCUUCCCUUGUUGAAACCCUCAAUCGCGAAGGCUACCCUGACAAAAGCGCAUUCCUCGAUCACAUCCGCUCGAUCGCACGCCUCAUGACCGGCUUCCCUGUAACGCCCAUCCAGAUGAUCGAGGACGAGAAGCAGAACGCCGUCUGGGCGUGGACGAAGAGCAAAACAGAAUGGAAGAGAGAAGUCAUAGACGAAGACAAUGAGUGGGAUUAUAAAGGCGAGUACGUAUUCAUGUUCUGGCUGGAUGAAUCCGGGACGAAGAUCGAAAAGUGCGUUGAGAUGCUAGAUAGCUGGGCAACGAGGGAGAGGCUGUUGAUUUUGAGUGCGAAGGCAAGGGAGAAUAUCAAGAGGAGGACAGGGGAGGAGUUUGAUUGGUUGAAUAAGGUUUGA